AUGAAAAAUAAGGUAUAUCCUGAAUUUAUAAAUAGGGAUAUUGAAUAUGUAAGAUAUAAAAAUAAAGAAGCAAAUAAUGAAUCCCAUCUAGAACAUAUUUACACUGGUUUCAAUAAACAUAAGUGGCUCAAUGCAAAAGAAGGGACAUCAACAAAAAUUCCAUUAAAUUACUUCACUAUUUUAAGUAAAGAAUUAGCCGAUUCAGAAUCUUUGUCAGAUAAGGAAAAAGGUGUUGAAAAAAUACAAUGCGGGGAUGUGUUACUAGAAAGCAAUUAUUGGAGCAAUAAUGAUGAUAAUAAUAACUCAAAAUUCAAAAGUUAUUACAAGGAUUUGGAUAGCAAUCGUACAAUAUUGAUUUAUUCUUUUAAAAAUAAAAAUAUGCUAAAUGAAGAUAACAUCACGCCUAUAAAUAUUUCUAGCACAGACAGCAAUUCAUCCACAUCUGUUGAUUGUGAGGACCUCGAGAAAGUAGAAAACCGGAGUAAAAUGAAAUACCAAUACAGAGUUCCCUCACCAACUCCAGCUACAUAUGUUCCUAGAUUAAAUUUGUAUACAGCGGCUACUCUACCAACAGUCACAGAAAUUGCAGAACCAUAUCAAUAUAUCACGGGAAACACGACUAUUUCAUUUAAAUCCGAAAAAUUUCUGUUAGAAGAAAAUAUUACUAAAACAGAAAAUUCCAAUAAUUUGAAAGAAGAUAUAUGUUUCAAGGAGUCUACUAUUUCCGCGACUAACGUUAUAAAUUGGUUAGCUUUAUCUCCACGAACAAAAAGGAGAAAUUUGAAACUUCCAAAAUUCAUAGAUAAAAAUUCUGUCAUUGAAGAAGGAAUAAAGAAUGAUGAAAAGUGUAAAUUAAAAUAUAAUGGUCUUUGGAAUACAUUAAAAACUAAUGAAAAAACCAUUACGAGCACAUCUGAUCAAAAAUCUGAUAAUAACAAUGGAAAUACGUACGUAAAAACAAAGGAUGAACAAACUCACUUAAAAGCGAUAUCAUCAGAGCAAGAGAAAGACGAAUUACUAAUAGAUGAAAAAGGAGAUUGCAACAAAAUGAAGCGAAUUAUGAAACCUUGCAUUGGAAUAAAUCAAUUAAUAAAAAAGGAACUAACUACCGAUACCAUUGAAAAGCUUAAUAGAGACAAUCGUUGGAUUGAUGAUAAAAAUAAACAUGGAAAUAAAGAAAAUUUGUAUAUAGAUGACAUUGACUCAAUAGAACAUUAUGAAAAGCCUGAGGAAGUCUUACGAUGUGCUAGUGACAGGCUAUUUAUUAAAAAUAUGCCUAAAUUUUUACCAAUAACAGAAAGUGUUCCUUCUUUGUAUCUACCACUGCCAUCAAAUAUAAACGAGGACAAGCAAUCUUGGUCCAAACGCAUUAUAAAGUGUAUCCUCUGCUGUAUAAAAUGCAAAUAA